AUGAGUCUCGUCAACGACAAGCAACGCACCAAAGAGGCGGCCGAGAAGCGCGAGUUUGCGCACUCGUCGCCCACGCCCUCUCGCGACGGCGCCAUGAACCGCAAGAAGAGCACCUUCCAGGGCGCCACCAUGGCUGAAGGCACUGCCAUCGACGCCUCGGGCGUGCCGACCUACAUGGGCACCAGCGGCGACAAGCUCGGCGCCCUCAUCACCAUCUGCGCGUCCAUGGGCUUCAUUCUCUUCGGUUACGACCAGGGUGUCAUGUCCGGCAUCAUCUCGGCUCCGCAAUUCAUUCGCGUCUUCCCUGCCUGCGACCCGGCUCAGCAGGGCACCUACAAGGCCUCGGUCCUCCAGGCCUUCUACGUCGCCAUCUACGAGAUUGGCUGCCUCGGCGGCGCCAUCUUUGCCCUCAUGUUCGGCGACCGCCUCGGACGUCGCAAGAUGAUGUUCACCGGCGCCAUCAUCCUCAUCCUCGGCGUCAUCAUCCAGAUCACCGCUUUCCGUGGCUCCUGGGCCGGUGGCCAAUUUAUCAUCGGUCGUAUCGUUACCGGACUCGGCACGGGUUUCGAGACGUCCACCAUCCCGACGUGGCACGCCGAGUGCGCCAAGGCUCACUCGCGUGGCUUUGCCGUCUUCAUCGAGGCCGCCAUGAUCUCGACCGGCACCAUGAUCUCGUACUGGGUCGACCUCGGCUUCUCGUACCUCGACUCGUCGGUCUCGUGGCGCGUGCCCAUCGCGCUCCAGUGCAUUUUCGCCAUCGGCCUCAUCAUCAUGCUCAUCUGGCUCCCCGAGUCGCCGCGUUGGCUCAUCUCGAAGGGCCACAUGGUCGAGGGUCAGCGCGUCGUCGCCGCACUCGACCCGGCGCCGUUCGACAGCGAGACCGUCAUCCUCCAGACCAAGGUCAUCCACGACUCGCUCGAGGGCCAGCUCCGCCAGCGCAAGCGCGACCUCAUCACCAACGGCCCGACCCAGCACUUCCGCCGCAUGCUCCUCGGCUCGUCGUCGCAGCUGUUCCAGCAGAUCGGUGGCUGCAACGCCGUCAUCUACUUCUCGACGCCCAUCUUCGAGGAGUACCUCGGCCAGAGCCGCAACAUGGCGCUCAUCCUCGGCUCGGUCCUCGCCACCGUCUACGCCCUGUCGGCGUGCAUCUCGUUCCCGCUCCUCUACUUUAUCGGCACCAUCGGCCAGGCGCUCUCGAUGUUCCUAAUCAUGGCGUGCCUGAUCCCGGGCAAGGACAGUAACGCUGUCAACGGCGCCGUCGUCGGCAUCUUCCUGUUCCUCACCUUCUUCGGCUUCACCUGGCUUGAGCUCCCGUGGCUCUACCCGGCCGAGAUCAACCCGCUCAAGACCCGCACCAACGCCAACGCCGUCUCGACCAUCAACAACUGGCUGUGGAACUUCACCGUCGUCAUGUUCACGCCGCCGUUCCUCGCGUCGUCGGCCAAGGUGUGGUACGUCAAGAUGGCCAAGGAGAUGCCCCGCCUGUCCGGCGCCGAGAUCGAGGGCGAGUGGCGCCGUCUCGGCCUCAGCGACGAGGACCGUCCUCAGUCGGCCAUCGGCGACAACGUCGCAUAG